GUUCUAUUGGAUAAGCUAAUGCGAGGUGCGAGAAGAAGUGGCCAUUUGCGGCUGACGGUGGUGUUUUGCUCCAUUGUGGUGAUAGUUGGAGCCACGCUUCUGGUGGAAGCCGCAGAGCAUGAGGAGAACGGUGCGGAUCGAUCGGCCACCGGCAGUGUGGCCUAUCGUGACGUCCAGUCCGACUGGACCGACUAUCAGCCUCACCAGCAGCAGCAGCAGGGGCAGGGGCACCAACGACGCAACGGUCAUCAGAGUGGCCGGCGACGCCACCAUCAGUAUCGGACGUCGAAGAACCGGCGCGUCCGGGCGCCCCAGGAUGGGCGGGGCCGGGUGAAGAAGAGCGGCACCGGCGGGGUGGUCGAUCACAUUCUCGCGCAGGAUUCCGUCGUCGGGCAGCCGCCGCUGGCCGACCUGCGGCAGACCCGCGAGCGGAAGCCCAACAUCAUCCUCAUCCUCACCGACGACCAGGACGUGGAGCUGGGCUCGCUGAACUUUAUGCCGCGCACGCUACGCCUGCUGCGGGACGGUGGGGCCGAGUUCCGGCAUGCGUACACCACCACACCGAUGUGCUGCCCGGCCCGCUCGUCCAUCCUGACCGGGAUGUACGUGCACAAUCACAUGGUGUUCACCAACAACGACAACUGCUCGAGUACGACCUGGCAGACGACGUACGAGACGCGCUCGUUCGCCACCUACCUCUCGAACGCCGGCUACCGCACCGGGUACUUUGGCAAGUACCUGAACAAGUACAACGGCUCGUACAUUCCGCCCGGCUGGCGGGAGUGGGGCGGGCUGAUCAUGAACUCCAAGUACUACAACUACAGCAUCAACAUGAACGGGCAGAAGAUCAAGCACGGGUUCGACUACGCGAAGGACUACUAUCCGGAUCUGAUUGCGAACGACUCGAUCGCGUUCCUGCGCCAGUCGAAGCACCAGAACCACCGGAAGCCGGUCCUGCUGGCGAUGAGCUUCCCGGCACCGCACGGCCCGGAAGACUCGGCCCCUCAGUACAGCCAUCUGUUCUUCAAUGUGACAACGCAUCACACGCCAGCAUACGAUCACGCCCCGAAUCCGGACAAACAAUGGAUUUUGCGGGUCACCCAGCAGAUGGAACCGAUCCACCGGAGGUUUACCGAUCUGCUGAUGACGAAACGGUUACAGACGCUCCAGAGUGUCGACGUAGCGGUCGAACGUGUCUAUCAGGAGCUUAAGGCUCUCGGCGAGCUGGAGAAUACCUACAUCAUCUACACAUCCGACCACGGCUACCAUCUGGGCCAGUUUGGACUGAUAAAGGGCAAGAGUUUCCCGUUCGAAUUCGACGUUCGAGUACCGUUCCUGAUGCGUGGACCUGGCAUUGAACCGGCAACAAUUGUCGAUGAGAUAGUUCUGAAUGUCGAUCUGGCACCGACGUUCCUUGAUAUCGGCGGUGUGGCACCUCCACCGCAUAUGGACGGUCGGAGUAUCCUGCCGUUGGUGCUCAAUCGCCACCGGGCGGUUCUGGACAAGUGGCCCGACACGUUCCUCAUAGAGAGCUCUGGCCGACGUGAAACACCAGAGCAGCUCCAGGAACAACGGCAACGUGCUGCGGCGGCAAGGUACAGUGCCCGGUUUAAUCUACUGAACGGCAACGUGUCUCAUCCGAAGCUUCAACCGGAGGUUCUUUUCGAACGGGGCCACGCGGAAGAAUCGCACAUGGCUUCGAGCGUGCCAAGUGUUGGUAGUGAUCGGAAGGAGCUUGACUUCAGCUCCCACGAGCACGAGGAUGAUGAUGAUGAUCACGAGCUGGAUGGAGAUGAUGAUGACGAUCACCAUGGAGCGGUUGAAAGCGAAACCGGGGCGAUCGAGCUGAAACACGACGAACAUCCCGAGGACUACGUUAUCGAUCAUCAGGAGGCGCAUGCAUUUGAUCAAGCCCCUGUACAGCCCGACAAUCAACACACGCUGGACAAUCACCUGACUUCUUUCCGCUCGAAGAUGGACCGGCUCAACACGGAGUGCUCCAAUCCGGUCCUGCAGCAAAACUGCGUCCCCGGGCAGAAGUGGCAGUGCACGAGCGAGGACGGCCGGUGGCGUAAGCAUAAGUGCAAAUACCACGGUCAACUGCAGCAACAUCUGGCCGAAAUAACGAAGAAAUCGAACGACCAAACGAACGGCCGCAACUGCGCGUGUUUCACGUCGGAUAACUUUUUCUACACGAAAAUCAAAACCAAGCGUGACCAUACGAAGUGGCAACCGAUGGCGACGAUGCAGGCGCAGGCGACACAUCGGCCCCACCGGCGCCGACGUACCCGCCAGAAACGGUCGGCGGCGGUGGUAGGGGAGGGGGACAUAGGUGAGGAGGUGCUGUUGAUGGAAGCGAAGGGUCCGACGAUGGAAUCGCUGCUAGAGGUUGCCGCCCGGAUCGAUGCGAUCGAGAGGGUGUUAGAAGAGGAAGAUGGCGAGUAUGUCGAACGGGCGGAAGGAAGGAGGAGCAAGCGCGAGGUGCCUUCCCCUCCGACCCAUUUGACUGACGUGGUGCACGAACUGCAGAAAACACUGUCCGAUAUCGAACGGGAUUACGAGGAGAUGGAAACGAUCGGGCAGGAUCGUUUAAAUGAGACGACAGGGGAAGGAGCUAGCACUAGUGGUAGCGCCAAACGAUGCUUCGUCAUAGCUGCGGAUCGUAUCAACUGUUCGAAUGUGAUUUACGAGGACGAACUGAGCUGGAAACGGAACCGCUUAAAGGUGGAUCAGCUGAUUCGUGUGUUGAAGGAAAAGAUCAACACGCUGAAGGACAUCAAGCGUUUACUACGGGAGCAAAAACCGCACGGCUACCGAGGGGAAGACUCUGAGCCGGAAGAGGACGAGGAAGACGAUAAAGAUGAAACGAUUGAAAGUGGCCUGAGUGGUGUGGCGAGGCAUCGACCGACAACGACUACAACCACAACUACUACAGUAUCUUCCACCAGCACGACCAUGGCUUCCUCGGUAACGGAAUCCUCAGAGAGAGCUACGAUUGAUAAUAGCAUCCCGCGGAAAGUUGGUCACGGAGGGCUUGUACGACGUCCCGGUGGAAAAUAUCACAACGGUUCUAGCCACCGUCGUAGAGUUAUGAAGCCAUCGGUGGGCGAGAAAGCCGAUGGCCCUUUGAUCGAUACAAAUCUCUUCGAUAUGGAUAAUCAACAACCGACGGCUGGGCAAGCCAUUAACCGCACCAGCCAUGGAGGGCGUCACCGUGGACAGAAUCGUGGGCACCACCGUGGCCGGCAUCGAGGGGAAGCUCUAGGUGGAAGUAGUACAUCAACGACAACGACAACUCCGAGCGCCACAGAAUCGGCUUCAGUUAGCACCGAAACUUCCAGCGAGGAUUCGUAUCUCUCCCGAUCGAGUGGUGGGUCCGGUUUCGGUCGUGAAGAUCCCUCGUCAACCACGGAAUCAAGUGUGGAGGCUUCAGGCUCGAUGGCUGUUUCAAGCAGCACGGAAAGCGCACAGAGUCGGUCCACUACCAGUGAAGAACAGUUUUCUCAGAAUGCCAUAGACGCCGGUAGGACGACGACGACAACGACGUCGGCAACCGUGCCGACAGUAAACCAGGAAGAGUCGAGAGUCGAUCGGCGCAAACCCACAGAGAAAGAUCCUCACUUUGGAAUGAACCGAACCCAGGACCUAGGUAACUCUGUGCAACAAAAUAUGAUUCCAACAACAACUGUCGAUGCUACCGUGCCACCGACCGAGUGUUAUUGUGCCGCUGAAGCAGAAAGUCCAAUACCGGAUGAAAAAGAACUCGCACGUGAAACCCGUCGCCGAUUGAAGGAAGAACGGCAACGAAAAAAGGAACGCAAACGUAUCAAGAAGGCGAAGCUGGAAAAGGAAUGCCUGUCCGAGCGGAUGAACUGUUUCAGCCACGACAGCAAUCACUGGCGCACCAAACCGCUUUGGGAGGACAAACCGUUCUGCUUCUGCAUGAACGCCAACAACAACACGUACAGCUGCCUGCGUACAAUCAAUCAGACACACAAUUUCCUGUACUGCGAGUUCACCACCGGACUGGUGACGUACUACAAUCUGCGAAUAGAUCCCUUUGAAACACAAAAUCGGGAGUCGUCUUUGACUUCCGAAGAAAAGGCCGUGCUACACGCAACGCUCGAAGAGAUGAAACGAUGCCGUGGAAAGAGCUGUACAUUGCCACGGUACCAUCAGCAGCAAACCCUACCCGAAAGCAACCUACUUCCAUCGGGUGCUGGCGGUGUUGAAUCCGUCGGUGGAGUAGGAGUUCCGGUAGUUGGUGGUAUAGGUCGCCAUGCUGGUAGCUCCUCCUAUGGUUCCGGAGCGGGUGGCAAUCGUCGAAAGUAUCACGCCCAUCGCGAUCAUGCCCCACACGGAGCUGCAGGUGGUGUUGGAGGUGGUGUCGCAGGUGGUGUAGGUGGACACUUUCCGGUCGAGUAUGAUGCUGCUACCGGGCAGGCAAGUGUGGUUCAAGGGCCAAAUUCCAAGAAAAAGAACAAAUAUGGUAAACGGAAGCACCAUAAUCAGCAACCGGCUCAGCAGCAGCCACAAGACCACCAGCGGCAGCAUAGAGACAAGAUUCCGCCACAGGUGGAAAGUGAUUACGGACUCGAACCGAUACUACCGGCGGAGGUUGGCGCUGGCGGCAGUGGAACCAAACGCAACCGCACCAUGAGGCGGCCAGUCUGGCAAACGAUCUAUACCAAAUAAUUCCACCAUCGAGCGGAUUGAAGUGUGCAAUCUUUGGAGCGAUUCGUGUGCUUCUACGAAGGGCGAAACACGAACGCUAUUCUCCGUGAUCACCUUUCGACGUAGAUCAGAGAAUGGAUUCAUAUUGACGGGAUGAUCGCUUUAUUCUCAGCGCUCCUUUCCAUUCCUUCGGCUUGGCCAUUUCUUGUAGCAUUGCCGCCCGCAAUGAAGUGUUCGCUUUCAGUGAUUUUAGUUCAAGCAUGAAGUUUUCUUCAUAUGCGCAUUUUGCUGCUAACGUUAUAACAAGUCUACAUCUUCGUUAUCGGCUUCAGACACCUUUCUUUUGUUUAUGUAAAGUUCUAGCCAUUUGUAUUGCAUUUUUUUAUGUAGGUAAUAUUGUUUCCUUAUUUUAUUCGUUUAACCACCAUGAAAGACACGGUGCACAGAUACACACUUUUAUGAUCCCGCUCCUACAUCCGGUCUACACUGCCAUUCCAAUACAAUCUACGAAAAGGAAAGUGCCCUACAUAAACUAAAACAAUAAUAAUGAUAAAAUGGAAAGAGUAGACAACAGUUAGCAUGCCUAGGUUCGGGUAUGCACUUUUGAAACCCUAUACUUUUCGCCAAGUGAUUGUAGCCACCGGGCAUGUGAUUUGUCUAUCGGUCAUAUGUACGCUUGCAUAUUAUGAUGUACGUUGUAGCAAACGCUAGUAUUGCUAUGAGGAGGCUUUUGCGGAUAAUUAGUACCAAAUGUAGAGCAAAAACACACUCAAAAACAAAUUGAAUGAACAAAACAAAACAACAACCAUUAACAUAGAACAUGUGCUUCGGUAAUAUGUUAACUGACAUGACAACGAGGGAAGAAAAGCUAAACAAGCAAAGUGCAGUGCGGGGUGCCGUUUCGUUUAAAUUUUAUUUAGUAAGUAGUAAUUUAUCAUACGUUGAUUAAGAGUCAAAAUGAUUAAAUUUUACUAAUCGAAUGUCAGGAAUCAAAAUACGUUAUGAAUCGAUUUUAACUAAGCGUACCAAGUAGCGAAAGAUGCGACGCACUAACAUUACUUUACCACUAAUACUGGAUUAGUGCAAGUCAGCUAAACUACAUUAUUUUCUUGUAAAUUAGAUCAAUUUUAUUCAGUAUUCUGUUUCAGCCCCCGGGGGUCUUUUACAUGCGCUCAAACUGACCGCAAUUGGUGGACAUAUACACAACAAAUGUAUUUAUUGCUUCAAACAGUAUGUUUUUAAGAAAUGCUUAAAAGGAUCCGCUGUAGCCAACGUUUUAGAGUGCAUUGUUUUAAAGUAGGUUGCAAUGCAGGGGCAGGUAAAAUGAGGCAUAUAAAAUGCGAUGCAUUUAAACAGUUUCUCAAUCCCCAUUUAAUCGAAAACAGAGAAUGGUAGCGGUGGGGUUAAAAAGAGGUACUCUUAAUAUUCUAUAGCAAGGGCCUGAUUAUGUGUAUACCCAAAGCAUCCGAUACGCACUAUGCAAGCGUCCACCCGCCCACGAAAACGGUUAAGCGGACCGACCCAUCGCGCAAAGAUACAGUGAGCAAACAAGUAAUCUUAAUGAUAACAUAACCCGAUAUGAUAGUAGUGAUGUAUACAAAAUAGUGAACAAAGAAAGGCACUCUAUCAUAUGACU